UGGAAGAAAGUAAAUGGCACACAAGAACUCAGAACAAAAGCCACAGCUGGGCAUUAUGAUGUUCUGGCUCAGCAUUGUGGGCUUUUUCUUCUAGAGCUGCUUUCUCAUGACAAUGCAGUUUCCACGUAGUAUGAUUUUUCUCAAAAUGAACCUGUAUUAGAAAUGAAAACCCUCUCAAGCAGAGAACUUAACAUUCAUGGCUAUCUGCAGUUUCACAGUAUUAUGUAAAUUAUUAUUCAUUGUAAUUUGUCCUUUGAUACACUUGACUGAGCACAUCCUAUUUAUUUUUACUGCGGUUUGAUUGAAUAAAUCUACAUUAUUUAAACAAAGUAGUUCAGGUGUCAGUGAAAACAUAUUUUCAGUUGCUGCUAUUAAAAAAAAAAAAAAAAGUGUGAAUUGCACUAGAGGAAACAAAACAAAACAUUUUUUUUUUCUGGUAAGGUUAUACCGCAGUCAGAAUCACUUCCUAACUUAUCUCUCUGAGUGCAGAACUAACUGUGUGUGCCUCGCAGAGCUGCGGCAGCGGCAGGAGAUGCUGAUGAGGAACCAGCUGAUGGCAGUAAACCCGCAGCUGAUGGGGCCGGGCCAGCAGAGGAUGCAGGCGAUCCCCGGCCAGUUUGAGCCGCGGCUGGUGGACAGAGAUCUGCUUCCUUCUACUGAAAUGAUGGCCUCAGCUGACCCCAGACAAAUGCACAUGGCAUCCCACCUGGCACCCCCAGUCCCACAGCACCCCAACAUGCCAAACCUGUUGUCCAACCGUGUCUACCCAGGCCCAGGAUACAGCUUUCUGCAACCAGAAUCCAUGGAAGCUGUGGCCAGAAGACAAGAGCUGGUUCAAAAGCAAAAUAUUGCCAGAAUGGAAAUGGAGAUGAGUGCUAUUUUUCAGCAAAAGGAAAUGGAGAAAGCCCAUCGGAAAGGACUUCUGGGCCUGGAAGCCCCUUUCCUUUACCACGGGAUGCCAGCGAGUCCCAUUGCUUUCCGGGGCAGGCACAGACUCCCUGAAGGGCACCUUGCCAACGACCUGUAUGUCCAUCGUGCCACCCUGGAUGAGAUCCAUGGCAACACGGUGCUCAUGGCGAGCAGCCCAUACCCACCAGUCAGCACCCUGCAGAGGGAGAGGGGGCGCCGCCCAGGGAGAAGAGCUGGAAACCACAAAACUGCCGAGGGCAGCGCCAACAGCACGAAGAGCCAGGCAGAUGACAAAUCCACCGACUCUGCCUCAGCUGCGGUGGAUGAUGAGAAAGAAGACAAGAAGGAAGUAGAGGUGGAGACGCCAAACAAACAUGAGCAGAGCAAAAACCAGACUGAGCCAGCAGUAGUUGCCAAGAACUGCAAAGAGUUUGAACAAGGCUUGAGAAAAAACUGUGCUACUCAUGAAAUUCCUACUGAAACCACCAGCUGCAGCAACACAAACGAGAAGGAAGCCAACAGCUCCUGUGCUGCUUUUGAUGACAAGUACCUGUACCCUUCUGCAAUCCCAUUCUCAGCGUUGCCAUAUGGAUUUCCAGUGCCCAACAACCCAUUGCUACCUUCAGGAGCUCAUGGCCUGAUCCUGAAUGGAGAAGACAUUUCUUCUGUUGAAGACAUUCGCAAGUGGACAGUUGAUGAUGUGCACAACUUCAUUGUCAGCCUCCCAGGCUGCUCAGAUUAUGCCCAGAUAUUUAAAGACCAUGCUAUUGAUGGAGAAACCCUUCCACUGCUAACAGAGGAACAUCUCCUGGAUACAAUGGGAUUAAAACUUGGACCAGCAUUAAAAAUCCGCUCUCAGGUGUCCCGACGUCUGGGUAAUGUGUUCUACAUGAUGAAUGUCCCUCUGCCCGUGUCCCUGCCUCCUGCUCCAGGGAAACCCUCGGAGCAGCCCUCUGACAUGGCCUCCCCUCUGCACUGCAACAGCAGCGGUGACACCCUGGACAGUCCCUGCUCCCAGGACCCAGAAACCUCCCAAGCAGUGGAACAGAUGGUUUCAGAAAGCAGGGAAAAUCCAUGUGACACAGCUGGAUCCCACACUGACUUCCAGAUGAUUGCUUUCCAGAAAAGUUGAGCUAAAUCCAGGACAUAACGUGUUUUUAAUAAUCCAGGAACUUCUAGUUACAAAGUGUUUGAGAAGAAGCUACAGCCUGAAACCACUGUAAGGCUAGGCCUGAAGGAAAUAAAUUGCCAAUGCAGUAUGAGGAAGUGUUGUACCUGAAAGGCAUUCAGGAAUGCAGCUACAGGUUAGUUCAAUUACUUUCAAGUGCAAUUCAUUGAAAAGAAUACCAGUAGAGUUAACAGGUAAAUUGAAUUUUUCAUUCAGUCCAGAGUGAUCACUGGAAGCUGCCAGAUACUCAGAGUGCACUGUGUGUCUUACAAUGUGUUCCAGUGGGCAGCUGAGAAACUGUAUGGAAAGGGCACGGCUUCCAAAGAUAGCUGACUUCUACUUCUGUUGAACAGAAUUUAUACAGAACAUUCAUAUGGAAUUCAUUGGGACAGUAUGGAACUGCCUACAGAAUAUGGAGAAAUAUACCCCAGACUCAGCAAUUUGAGUCAAUUCAUUGCUAUUCCAGAACUAAACCCUUCUAAGUGCCUGGCAAGGGUAUACAGUUUAUAAAGAGACACAGAUUGAACAUGAAAAUACCAUGUGUGGCAGCAAUUUUAAUUAUCCCAAGGCAUUCUUAUCACCAGGGCUGGAAUUUGCUUUUCGUGACUGCAAGAGUUAUGAAAAUGAGAUGAGUCACCAGCCUCUGCCACUAAGGCCAGUCACUGGGACAGUGACAUUCCCUGCAGGAAAGCCACCUUGUUCCUGCCAGCCUCUGCCAGAACACCCUUCCCAUCAA